AAAAGCAGAAGAAGUGAUCAUCCGGUCGGCACGUGAGCGAGAAUGGCCGCAGACUGUGAAUCCAAACUCCAGCUGGUCCGGAGACACAUCCGAGACUUUCCGGACUUCCCAAAGCCAGGCAUCGUGUUCAGGGAUAUUUGUCCCAUCCUGAAGGAUCCAGCAGCUCUGACGGCAGUGAUCGACCUGUUUGAAGAACAUGUCAGGAAGAACCACCCGCAGGUUGAGCUGAUAGUCGGUCUAGAUGCUCGUGGUUUCUUGUUUGGUCCUCUGCUUGCCCAGCGGCUCGGUGUGGGCUUUGUCAUGAUCCGAAAGAAAGGCAAACUGCCUGGAACCACUGCAUCUGUGGCAUAUGAUUUGGAGUAUGGCAAGGCAGAAGCAGAGAUCCAGGAAGAUGCCGUCGCUCCAGGACAGAAGAUUCUCCUCAUUGACGACCUCCUGGCUACUGGAGGGACAUUGUAUGCAGCCGGUGAGCUGUUAAAGAAGCAGCAGGCUGAGAUUAUGGGCUGCCUGGUGGUCAUCGAGCUCAACGAGUUGAACGGCAGUGACAAACUCAAACCGCUCCCUGUGUUCUCCCUGGUGCAGUACUGAGGACCCCUGCAGCCCCCACAAAGGCUGGGGAACCAGUUUGACUUGUUUACGUCCAGGUGCCACAUUCAAGUGGUACCGGCACACCGAGAAACCUCUUCAGCUCACGCAUAAGUCAUUAUUCAUUCAUAAAUCUGUUAAUGCUCUGGUGCCAUGUCUUUCGACUUGGUGGCUAGGUUUCCACGGAUCUUUAAGGAGUCUUACAAUAUCUUAAUAUUCUGUGUCUUUUGCCCAAUGCAUGUCCCUGCAUCCCUGAACAGGAGGAAGCAGAGAGGAUGGAUGGAUAUGUUUGAAAGGUAUUAUAUUAUAUCUGUUACAAAUAUGGGUAUACUUUAGGUUUGGGUUUCUCCAUCUGUGUAUUAAAUGGCUUACUCGUGUAGGAAAGUGGUAAUAAUGUAUAUCUACCCGGGUGCUAUCCAGUGCACAUUGUUGGCUACACUAAUAUUUGUAUUAUUUGAGCCAAACAUUUCCUAUAAAUACAGAGCAUCUUAUCUAAUAAAAUAUUCAGCUCCAA